AUGGGUUGCGGUCAUAGUGAGCUGGCAUCCCUCCGGGCAACUGAGCCUACGAGGGUUACACAGUAUCCAAAUGAAGCCCCUAGGAAAGAAGAAGGAGCCAAUCUGGAUUUUGUCUCUGAGAAGACUGAAUCCACGACAGAGUCUGUGGUCAAAGCUAGACCUACCAUUAGUAAAAAGAAAUCUGAGUUGACGUCACGGCGUCAAGAUGGCCGACAUUCAGAGAGACCUGGAACGAGUCAUCGACACAGAGAUCACCCAAAGCAUCACGGGAAGAAAUCAGAUACAGAUGAGGUCAUCCGUGGUAAUGUGACAGUGGAAUGUCCGUCUACAGCCAAAAUUGUCCGGAUCUUCACAAGCAGCACAUUCACAGACACAUGGCACGAGAGGAACGCCCUGAUGGAGAGGGCGUACCCCCUGAAGGAGGUGUGUCAGCAGCAGGGGUACGAGUUCCAGGUCGUGGACAUGAGAUGGGGCAUCAGAGAUGAGGCCACGGACGACCACAUGGGGACAGAACUCUGUCUGAGGGAAAUUGAUCUCUGCAAGAAGUUGUCUACUGGACCGAGUUUUGUUACAUUUUUAAGUCACAAAUAUGGUUAUCGUGACUUCCCUAAUAAAAUUGAGGCCACUGAAUUUGACACACUGAUUGCGGCUGUGAAGGAGGAAGAGGCAUUGGUGCUCCUUAAAACCUGGUUCAAGAGAGAUGACAACGCAGUGCCCCCGACCUAUAUUCUUCAACCAGUCAGCUCCAUUCUACCAGACUUCCGAGAUGAGAAUGAAGAAAAGCAGAAGUCCGCGAAGGCAGCUUGGUACGAUCAGAAUACAAUCAUGCAGAAAGCCCUUGAGAAAGCAGCCAAUGAGAAACUUGAUACAAAGACAGCUCACCGUUACGUCAUGUCCGUGACCGAGGCUGAAAUCACACGAGGGGUAGUGGAGUCUGAAGAAAGGUCGUCCAGCUGUUUGUGGUUUCACCGAACCAUUGAUGCCAUUGACAAACAGGAACCAAGUUACAUCCUCAGCAGAUACAAGGAAUGCACUGGACCUGAGGAAAAACUCAAAGAAUCUCAGGAUCUUUUAUCUGAUCUACGAGAAAAAAAACUUCCCAAUUUGUUGUCACCUGAGAAUCACAAAAAAUAUAGCAUCGAAUGGACAGACAAUGGAGUCGACCCCACAAAGAGUAAAAGACACGAGGCCUAUAUCCAACAGCUGUGUCAGGAUUUCACAGAGGAGAUUUCACAGAAGGUGAUGCAGGCCAUUGAGGACAGGAAGAGAACCGACCUGGCCAACCCUUUGUACGCAGAGAUUGUGGAACAUACAGUCUUCUGUCAGUCUAAAUGCAAAGCUUUUCACGGACGACAAGAGACGCUAGACCUCAUAUCGAAGUACCUCCAAGGAAAGUCCAGAACUCCUUUCAUUGUGCAUGGGCCAUCAGGUUGUGGGAAGACAUCCAUCGUUGCCAUGGCAGCCACAUUAGCACUAAAGAGCUUAAACAUCAAGGCUGGGGUGGUUAUACGAUUCAUUGGAACCACUCCUGACAGUUCCACCAUUGGUGCCUUGUUGUCCAGUGUGACGUCACAGAUUUGCAGGAUUUAUGGCGAUUGUUCUCUUCCGUUCAAGGAUACGAAGGAACUGACCAAAAUAUUCCACGAGUGUCUGAAUUUGGCCACUAGUGAUGAGCCUUUGGUACUCCUGCUGGACUCACUUGAUCAGUUUGACCCAUCGGGGGGCGCUCGCCAACUCUUCUGGCUACCGAAACAACUCCCUGACAAUGUAAAGAUGAUCUUGUCAACGUUACCAGAACCUCAGUAUGAGACUUUUCCUCGAUUACAGGAAAUGUAUUCUGAAAGGGGCAAUUUCCUUAAAGUGCCAAAGCUCGCAGACAAAGACGUUGAGGGCAUUCUUACCAAAUGGUUGAAUGCAAGUCGUCGUGAUCUGAUGCAACAACAGAGGCAAACUGUCCUUGAGGCCUUCCAGAAGUGUCCACUCCCAUUGUUCCUGAAACUGUCUUUUGAUGAGGCAUGUCGAUGGUCAUCCUUUGCAUCCCAGUCAGAGACAACUCUCCAAACAUCCAUUCGUGGAAGUAUCAACGCCCUGUUUUCAAGGAUUGAAGCACUUCAUGGAAAAAUCUUUGUGUCAAGAGCUUUAGCGUAUCUGACAUUAAGUAAAACAGGCCUGACGGAGAGUGAGCUGGAGGACAUCCUGUCAUGUGACGAUGAUGUCCUCAAUGACGUGUACAUGUAUUGGACUCCCCCUGUCAGGCGACUUCCGCCUCUUCUCCUGGUCAGGCUGAAGGCAGACCUUGGUCAGUAUUUGGUGGACAGAGGAGCUGAUGGAGUGAGGGUCUUCUUCUGGUACCACAGACAGUUCAUUGAGGCUGCUACAGACAAAUAUUGCUCUGAUCCUCAAUUCAACCAACUAAUACAUGGAGCGCUGGCUGAUUUUUUCGCGGGAACCUGGGCAAACGGUAAACCUAAAUCAUACGUAGACAAGAAGGGCAACACAGAAACUGCUGACCGUAAGCCUGCAUCACAGCCUGACAAAUUCAAGACAGGUUAUAACUUAAGGAAACUGAACAACCUUCCUCAUCAGCGGACAGAGGCAAAGCAGUUAGGUCUGCUGAAGGAGGAGUGUUUGAUGAACUUUGCUUUCCUUCUGUCAAAACUACAUGCAUCAGGUUUAAGGCCUAUCCUAGAGGACUUUAUUGCUGCCAGAAAUGUGUACCCAGAUGACCAAGCUCUAAAGACUGUUGGAGAGAGUCUUCAGUUGUCCCAAGAUGCUCUGGUAUCCUAUCCCAACGAGCUUCCAUCUCAGCUGCUGGGCAGGAUCAAAGUAUGGGAUGGCCUGGAGAAUCUUCGAGCUGGUUGUAAGACGGCACCAAAGUACUUUCUUCAGCCUGACAGAUCAGUCUUAACCGAACCCGGUGGACAGCUUGUGAACUGCCUUGCCGGACACAAAAAAGAACUGAAUGGAACUGAUAUGACUAAUGACUCCAAUUUUAUUGUGACAUGUGCGUUUGACAAGUCUGUGAAAAUUUGGGAUAUUGGCAGUGGAAAAAUGGUUCGGUCAAUGGAUGACGUCGGGGAAGACCCAGAGCAGGUUCUACUAUGCUGUGAUGACUCUGUAAUAAUUGUUCAUCCAGAAAAACACAUACUUGGUUAUGACUUUAAAACAGGCACCCUACUGUACAAUAUCCACACAGAAAAUGGAAGAGUUCUCUUCUGUGUUGGAGGAAAGGGCAACACUACCAUUGGAAUCUUUCACGCAAAGUCAGUGUCACUUUAUGCAGCUGACACAGGGACUCUACAACAAACUGUUGUGUGUACGCUGCUUGAAGAUGGUCAGGAACUGACAACUAAAUCUCUGUGUGCUGGAAGCGAGCGAUACAUAGCAGUGACUGAUAUGGACGAACACUGGAUAUUUAUCCUUGAUCUAGAGACAUCUCAAUUCAUUCAAAGGAAAAAGAUCUUCGAGAAGUUCAAAACUGAAGAUGGUGAUGAAGACCAGUGCAUAAUUGACGCUCUUGCCCUUUCCCUCAGCGGUCACCGACUCUACCUGUCCGAGAUGAAUAAAAACGACCUUUAUGUAUACAAUACACACACAAUGGAGCAGGAAAGCGUAUAUCCAGGCAAUGACAAUGACUCGUCUGAGAAUUUCAAGAUUACAAAAGAUGAGAAAAUCCUGUACUUCCCCAACAUAGACCAUGUUGUUUUAUGGGAUUUACAAACUGGAACAAGAUCAACAGCUCUUCAACAAGGACUAAGCAUUACUGAUGUGGUAAUGAAGGACCUAACAACAGCUGUGUCCUUCAGCGAUGACAAGGUGGUUCGAAUAUGGGAUUUGACGAGGGAGGCAAAGUCUCACAGUGACGAGGAAGACGUUGUAGACUCAGAGUGCCUUGUGAGCAAUGACGAAAUUGUUGCAGCGCACAUUGAUACAGAGGAAAGGAAAGCAAAACCCAUUGAAAUCAAGCAGCUCAUGACCCUGUCAAACCCACGAUAUGUGUUGCUGAAAGUUAGUCGAUCACCGAUGAGAUACCUUCAGGUUUACGAUCUGCCACUGAAGAAGGUAGUUAGGCACAUCAAAGUGGAUCUCGCGCCUUCAACAAUUAUCCCACUUGAAGACAGCAUACAAGUCCUAUUACGAAUUAAAAGAAAAUUGAAGGUUAUAGACCUAUCAACUGGAACUAUCCUGAGGACGUUCGAAGGGAAACUGUCAGAACGCAGUUAUGAGUCCACACUUGUAGCUGAAAAGAAAGAAGUGGCAUGUUUCACCAGAGGACGCAAGGGAAUCAAGUUAUAUGAUCUCGCAACUGGAAAGACACUGGCCAUUAUGGAAGCAAAUAAUUCAAAGAAAUUUGAUGAUCUGAGGGCUAGUGACAAGGGUACGGUCCUGCUGGCGACAUCUGAUGACGGCCCUUGUUACGUGUUCGACGUUCUGGCAAGGACAUUUUUGUAUGAAAUCAACCCUGAACUGAUCAAAAGUGAUGACAUUCACAUCCUCGACACUGCUAUCACCAAUGACGACGCCUACAUCGUAUGCCAAACACACACACGUCCCCAACAGGCGCCAGAAGGAAAUCGCAAAUACUAUAUACCAAUAUGCUGGGACAUUCUGUACUGCCAUCACAAGGAAUUGUUUGAUUAUGAAUACUACUAUAAGUACGAGAAGGAGGAUAGCACCGAGGAUAUCGGGAUAGACAAUUUCAAGCUGCUUGACAACAGCACAAUCAUCUCCAAUCAUGAAGACGCCUUCAUUCGAGUGUUCGAUUUAAAUACAGGAGAGGUGAAAAGGAGAAUUGAAGGACACAUCAGUGCUGACCUUUCAGUUGUCAAGGCUGGACCUUACUUGAUGUCACAUGGAACCUACAGUGAAGACAAUGUGAUCAAGUUGAUUGACAGGUCAACAUUUGAAACCACAGCCACCUUUUCACCCGAUUAUGAUACACGAGAUUUAUCGCUCACCGAAGAUGGCUACCAUGUGGUAUGUUACUUUCGAGAGUUCAGGAAGCCAGUGUCGUGGAGUCUGGCGGGAGGAUCU